UAUGACUGCGUGACCUAAAUCCUAGAAUUGGAUCCAGCAUUCUGUCUCGUUAACUCCUAGUCAAUUAUCAAUAAACCUCAAUCAAAUAGUAAAGAUCUAUAAGUCUCUGAACUUCACUGCUAAGAAAGAUGAUUAAUUUACUGUUCUUAGUGAUUGUCUUGGAGAUGGCACUGAUAAUGGUACUGCUAUUUAAGACCCCUUUAAGGAAGCUGGUGAUCAUGGGCUUGGAUCGGCUGAAGCGGGGCAGAGGACCCUUAAUGGUGAAGUCCGUUGCCGGAACAAUUAUCGUCGUUUUGCUUUCCACUGUUUACAGCAUGAUGGAGAUUUGGAAGCGUGGGAUCGAAAAUGGAGCUGCAAAUCCUACUGAUCAGGUUCUUAUGGGGCGGCACCUUCUUGAAGCUACUCUUCUGGGUUUUGUGAUUUUCCUCGUAUUUAUGGCUGACAGACUACACCAUUACAUAAGAGAACUUCGAAUGCGAAGAAAGAGCAUGGAGGCUAUUAAGAAUCAAGUACGAGGGCCCGAAGACGAAAAAAUUGCAAGUCCAGAAGAAAUGAAAGCCUUGGAAGAAGAGUCAGCCAAGUUGAGAGCAGAACUUGAACGAUUGGAAUCUGAACUUGCAUCAAAAACAGAAGAUGUAAAAGUUGCAGAAGCCAAUGCAGUUGCUCUGAGGAAACAAUCCGAGGGGUUCCUUCUUGAGUAUGAUCGCUUGCUCGAAGAAAACCAGAACCUCCGCAACGAACUUCAUUCAUCUGAUCGCCGAUUGUCACACUCAGGUGGCAAGAAGAACAUAUAAAGGACACAUUUUCGGGCGCACUCUUCUUGAGUACCAUGGCACUAUGCUGACAAGAGGCUAUCAAUCUUUCCCAACAAUGUUCUUCAAGAGAAGUUUUUGUUUUGACUUCAAAUUUAGACUUCAUUCUGCUGAAAUGGAAUGAAGUUGGAUAAAUUUUGUGCUAACAAAAUGUGAUAAGUCCUAUUUUCAUACGCAGUGUUGAGUUGUUUUUGCCUGCUGUAGAUUGUUUAUUUUUCUUUGUUUUUUCUUUUUCAUUGGUGAAAUAUAGAGAACUUGUUUUGCCUCCAAGAUUUGACAAAAUAUGUAUAGAAGCCUGAAGUGUCUGCUGCUGA